AUGAUGGUCACAGUGGUGUAUGAUAAUUCUGAGGCCACUGAGCUCUGUGCAGCUCAACACCUCUACCUCAAGCCUAUCGCCAAAUUGAUGAUCAAGGUCUCUCCAGAGAGCACCGAAAUUAUGAGACACUUUUCUAACUGGGAAAUUCUUGACCAGUUGAAGAGCUUGAUUUUCCCUGACCAGUUCACCACCGCUUGGCUCUCCAAGAGCACAAAGAACUUCAUUCGAUUUGAGGGGGUGGCCGACACACUUCGCUUGGUGCAGAUCCUCAAGGCCAAGUUACAUGGGAGAAUCAUCAAGCUAACUGGUCUGAAAACAGACUUCACAGUGGUGGCGACGGAUGCCCAGAGUGAGUGGGAACACUUCUCCGAGGACAAGGAAGCUGUCUCCAGUGAGGAAGGUGAAGACCAGGACCACAAUAAGAGUCCAGAUUCUAUCUAUUUUGAAGGCUUGCCCUGUAAGUGGUUUGCACCUAAAGGUUCCAGUGGGACGAAGCCAUGUGAAGAUAUCCUCAGGGUGGUUUUUGAAAGUUUUGGGAAGAUCAAGAAUGUGGAUAUCCCUAUGCUGGAUCCUUAUAGAGGGGUGAUGACUGGUGAAAGCUCUGGCAGUGUCAGUUUGGGCUUACAGACUUUUGAGGCAUUUGUCCAGUAUCAGGAAUCAACGGACUUUGUAAAAGCUAUGGAAUCUCUUCAUGCAAUGAAGCUGAUGCUGAAAGGAGAUGAUGGGAAAGCUCUGGCAUGUAACAUUAAGGUAAAAUUUUAUGCAUCCAAGCACUUCAGUGAAGGGGCUAUAAAGAGGAGAAAUCAAGAAAGGUUACAAGAGCUUGAGGAAGAAAGAAAAAAAGAAAAGAAGAGAGAAGAGGCAGAGACCAAAAGAAAAAGAAAAGAGGAGAGGAAAGUCCUAGAAAAGAAGAAGGCCAGGUCCGGAAAGAAGCCCUGAAAGAGGAGAGAAACCCUGAGCAAAGCAGACAGAGCCAAAGCAGAGUCACCUCAGAAGCUCAACUUUUCUGAAGAGUGGGAGGAGAGGAAGUACCUGCUGACACAGAGGCAGGUGAAGGCUCUUCGUUUGCUCCAGAUACUCCUAAAGAAAAUCUCAGGAACGCUCUUUCCCAGUCCUCCUUUGUUCUUGACUCAUCGAGGUGUAGAGAAAUGUCUAAAGCUCCAUAAGUUUGAAGAGAAGAACAAGAUGUUUAAACAUCUCAUUUCCAAGUCAGACAAACAACAAACAAGGAAAAUGAACACUGACUUACAUAAAUAUACCCAGCAAAUUGGGAAUAAAAGUGGAAGAUACUCACCUACCACAGAGAGAAUUAAAUACACGCCAAUGAAUAGAUACGAUCACAGUUUUGACAAUGACCAACAAGAGCCUUUGAAGAUUACAUUAAUUCGCCAUAAGUUUCUUUCUAAAGAAGAAUAUAAUAAAGUCUUAUAUCGGAGAAACCAUAACAAGCUGAAAUUUUAUGAAACAGAUGAAUUUACUGACUAUGUAGUACACCAAUAUCAAAAACGAAGUUAUUCCCAUAUCUGCCUUCAGUCAAGAUAUAGAGAUUACCAGUGGAAGAGAGUUUUCCACAGCAUAGAAGGUGGAGUUCAAAUUAAUUUGAGCAGAGUUGGUUCUUACUCAGCCAAUUAUAGACCAGUGCAAGAUGUACAAGGAGAACAGCAAGAUCAAAAGGAUAAUUCCAAGGCAAGCAGUUCUACUCAGAGUACCGUGCAUACACCACAGAAAAGAAGAAAAACAGACAGCAAAGAAAAUGUUAUGGGGUUUCAUUGCAAGGAAGCAGACCCUGAAGUUGAUGCUGUCUCGCCCCUAACCCAGGAGAAUAGUCAUGUUUUGGAAAAGCCUCCUGCUGAUGAGUUGAAAUCCAGAUCUAUUUCCUCACAAAGCAGUCCAGCCAAAAUAAACCUGGAAGAUUUCUUUGAGGAUAUUAGUAGCAAUUCUGAGUGCUUUAGUGAUGAAGAAAAGGAAGAGAUUUCCUUGGAUACUGACCCUCCUGAUGCCAGGGAAUUCAACCUUCACCGCCAAGCAAUUCCAGAUAGGAGAUAUGAUCACACAAAAUUUGUGAGAUACAAGUUCAGACAACCAUUCAGGAGGCCUCAGUAUAGAAUGGGAUGUCCAUGGCGUGGAAAUGAAAACUAUUUCAGGAGAGAUGAUGAUAUUGACAGAUUUAGAGAGAGACCAAACUUGUAUCAUGAAGGCCACCGCUGGAAAUCCAGUUCCAGUAAUCUAUAUCAUGGCUACACGAGAGAGAGGAGGUUUCAUGAGAAGUAUAACCAAUACAUGCGAUACAGCCCUCGUUACAUGUCAAAAACAUCAUACAACCGUCCUCAUGUUCCCUAUAAGCACUAUUACUCUCAAAGAAGGCUGAAUCCAUGUGUAUCAGAAUAUAACAGGGAUACAAGAAGAUUUCAACCACCAGUGAAUCCUAAUUAUUUUUCUGUUCGACGUGCGAGUGAUGACUACAUUGCCAGUAGAAACAACUACAGUAGAUCUUCAUACUCUACAAAUGUUUCGAAUGACUCAAGUCAGAAACAACCUUAUAAAAGAAGUAAAAUUUUCAAAAAGAACAUGUACAAUCCAUAUAGUUAUAAAGUUAACUACAGAGCAAGAGAGAAUUAA